CUAACCUCAGUUUUUGUCAAGCAUCAUUAAUGUUUUAGUUAUCUAAAGCAUACAUAUAUCCAAUAUAUGUAUAAAGAUAUUAAUAUUAGUCACCAGAAAUAAAUGAAAUCAAAAAUGGAGGAUGCACCUAAAAGGGGUCGUGGUCGAGGCAGGGGCGGAAGAGGACGAGGACGUGGAAGGGGCCGAGGCCGUGGAAGAGGAAAAAAAGCUGCCAAAGUGAUUGAAAGUGAUGAAGAAGUUGAAACUCAACCGGCGGAAGUUGUCGUCGAGGAACCACCAACAGAAACUGAUAGUAAUGAAAAUACCGCUCCACCACCAAUUGAUCUGGAAGCCGAUAUUUCCCAGUUAGAGGCCCCCACAUUUACGACAAUUAAUAGAGGACCACCAGAACCUAUGCUGCGCUUGAAUUGGGCUCACAAAGUAAACUUGAUUGGAGAGAAAGUUUUGAAUCCAAUGAUACAUUGUUGCGACAAGUGUCUGAAGCCAAUUUUGAUAUACGGUCGAAUGAUUCCCUGCAAACACGUAUUUUGUCUGGCUUGCGGAAAGAAGGAGCAGAAGCAGUGCCCCCGCUGCUUAGACAAAGUGACAAGAGUGGAACAAACAGGUCUGGGAACCGUUUUUAUGUGCACUCACGGAGGUACAAGGUACGGGCAAAAGGGCUGUCGUAGGACUUACCUCUCUCAGCGUGACCUACAAGCCCACAUUAAUCACCGUCACGUUUCAAACGUAAAUCAGCAACCGAUGGAAGUGGUGGAACCAGAAAGGGCUCCGCCUAUCGUGCGACCUAAAACCGCCAACGACCCGAGAUCGAACAUCGUGCCGACUAGCAUCAGGCAGAGACCCCCGUUGGUACAGUCUUCGGGUGUGAGAACUAACUUAAUAACAGUGCCUAUACAAGACUCUGCCCCGACAGUGCACGAAGCCAUUCCGACUACUCAGAAUUACUACAGCCAGUACCCCCCGACUGCGAGUUAUAGCCAGCCGUUGCCUCCCAUGCACAUACCACCUCCCCAACAGCCGCAAUAUUAUACUGCCCCUCCCGCUUACAGCCCCGCGCAAAGUUAUCCGCCUUACGCGGGAACGACGGCGCCCCCUACUGCUCAGUACGCAACACCUACUCCGACCCAGGCCAGGCCUGCGCCUCAGUACGAUUACAGUGCGGCUACUCCCCAGUGGACUAACAGCCAGCAAUACUAUAGAUAAGGGAUAUGUACUGUGUAUUCAAAUUGAUAUAGAGCGUUAUUUAUUAAAGUUUUUUUUUAUUAUAAACUUUAACUUAAAUAUUGAGAUUGUGUAAUUAGUGUAAGAAUAUAAUAAAAAAAAAU